CCCUCACACACCAAAUACAGUUGCGACGAUAUUACACGUUUCUGUUCAUUCGAACAAAAUAUAGAGUAUUUUCAAAUCCUUUUCAAACAGCAUGAUUGCUUGUGAACGUUAUAUAAUUGAUUUACUUAAGAAGUUUGGUUUUAAUUUUUAAGUAAAUAGCAGUCAAAACAUAUUCUUAAGUUGUUGUUUUUUUAUUCUGUAUUGAUGGCUUUGUUUUAAUAUUGUGUUUUUGUUAUUGGUUUUUUUUUCUCAUUGUUUCACGUAUGGAUAAAAUGCGUAUUGUAGAUUUUUUCCCAUGUGUUUGGGAACGGUAUUAUACUCCUUAUUUUGUAGUCGAUCAAUCUAUAAGUGGAGACCAGUGCAUUCUCUUUCAUUCAAAUGGUCUGCAGUCAUUCCAGAAAAAAGAAAAGGAUAUGUGUCACUACAAUAGCUCCUUCUCACCCAUUAUUCACUAAGGAAAAGGAAAUAGACUCUGUAGAUUUCCAAAGUCGUUUGAACAACCAAGUUUCUGGUCGCUGGAAAAAAGGAGGACAAGUUAUGAAGCCAGAAUCUCCGCUCUGUGUAAUUAAGUGCAAAGAUGGGACAGGAUUUACAAUUUACAGCCGUGUUCAUGGAACUCUAAUUGAAAUUAACAAAUCACUGAUGGACAAUCCUUCACUUUUGGUGAAAAAGCCAUGGUCAGAUGGAUACAUUGCAGUUAUUCUUCCUCCAUUACAUAAGUCUGAAAACCAAAAGAAGAACUUGUUAUCAUUAGAAAGUUACCAGAAACUGGAAAGGGUGAAAAGAUCCUCUACUACUUAAACCAUUUAUGCCAAUUUAACAUUAUUGUAUGUUUGUAAAAUUAUAAAAUAAACCAAUUUUUUUCCAAUUAA